AUGAGUGGUUGCCCUCCCCCGGGGUUCGUCUCGCCGAACGCCGCAACGAUUCUGGAAGCCGAAUCGGACCUGCUCAACCUGACGCACGUGUUACCGAUUCUCGAAACGUUUGUCACGCACGUCCACUACGAAGCAUUUGUCAAUGUGCAGGGGGAUAAUGGGCAGUACGGCGUGCUAUAUCCCCCUAUGAUCAACAUGACGCUGAAGUGGGAUCCAGACGCGCCAUUCGGUCCGCCCCCGCCCUCCAACGGCUCUGCAUCGCCAGCAUGGCUGCCGACAGGCAGAGAAUGCAACGGGACAACGGCCGUCUACCACACCUGGCCUGUACCAGCUAUACUCUUGGACGGCAGAGCAGCUACAAGCGACUUUGUUACGGUAGACUGGUACUACAUACGCAGCGAUGACGGCGCAACGGGGGCGACGAACCACUUGGAGAGCAGUACGUUUGUCGUGCUCAAGGCACCAGCCCCGCCGCCGCCGCCGCCGCCGACGCCCUCCUCGAGCAAUACGACCGGGAGUACAACGCCGAGCGGGGAAGUCGGGUCUGCAAGUGCAAGCACGAGCUCGGGGGUUACCACGCCGGAGGAGGGAGGACCAACAUCACAGGACCACGGCGUCAGCGCCAACGCUGCCCUCGCCUUGAAGAUUGUGAUGCCCAUACUUGUCGUCGGCAUGGCGUUUGCCAUAUGGACCUGGUGGCGGCGUCGGAAAAGCCCGGGGAAAGAUGAGGGAGUCUUUGGACGAGAAAUGGCGCAGGAAGCCGACGGCGUAGCUGUCACUCCCGCUGCGAUGCAAUUCGAGAAGGCAGAGCUUUCGGGGGGUCCUGUAGUCGUUGCCACUACUGCUCAAUCAGGAGAGCACCAGGAGCAGUUUGCUGUAGGGAUGGCGGGCGGCCAGACUAAUCAGCAAGUAGAAAGCUUCGGGACAGCAGGUCAUCUGGACAGGGGCCGAGUCAUGUCUUUUGAGCUGGAGGCUCCUUUGUACAGUGGUAGUCGAGGGGCUGAGAGGGGCUGA